GGGCAGUCUCAUUUAUUUUUAACAGACUUCCCGUAAGCACCUCUACUCCUUUUCUGGCUAUAGAGGUGUUCUCUGGGGUGUCACAUUCGAGGACAUCUAGAUAGGCACCUGCAAUUCAUCCCUUCUAGACCCCUGACUGUGAGCAGAGGAGGGCCCAAAGAGGGCCAGGGACUUGCUCAGGUGGCAGGUUGCCAGAGGAGGCUUGGAACACAGAGAAGAGAGGGAGAGGGCUUUCUCUAGUGGAUGUUUUGCUGUUGGACAGAAAGGUGGUGAGCCCUGAGGAAGGCACAACUCAGCCCGGAAGCUCUGCGACAGAACUGGGAAAGGGGGGCUGUUACCUCCGCCUCCGCGCCCUGGGUCCCUGCUGCAGCUCUGGCUUGUGUCAGCGCGGUGGUCCUCAUCCAGCUCCCCAUCUCUGCCCCCGGCCUAACCCCGCCCCCCGGGCUCUCAUUGGCCUGCACCCCACCCCCCGCCUGCGAGGUCUGCCGGGGAGGCGGUGGUCUAUCGCCUCCCUCGGCCCCGGGCCUGGCUGCGCAGCAGAGGCGGCGCCUCUCCCGCAGGACAGAGCCGGUCGAGUGGCACAGGGUGGGCUAAAGGAGACGAGGGACGCCUCGCUCCGAUUCCCGACUGCGACUGGCUGCGACUUUGGAGCAGCGCGGUCCCUUGUGCAGUACGCACACACCGCGGCGCAGGGACACACAGACUUGGCUGCUCGCGGCCACACGCACCGAGAGACCAGGCUCGGCGCGCGCUCCGCGGCGCACACGCUCCAGCCAGUGCGGCUCUGGGCGCGGAUUCGCGGGUUGCGCGUCCUCCUGCACCUUCAGCCCCUGCGCCCAGCAGUCCCGACCAGCCCCGAGGCCAUCAGCGCUGCAUGCACAGUGGAGGGUGGUGACUGACUCCCCAAGGCUGGGAGCAACAGCCAGAGACAGUGGCUGGGAAGCACCAUGGCCAGAACCCUGCAGCUCUCCCUGACUGCUCUCCUCCUGCUGCCUAUGGCUAUUGCUAUGCACUCUGACUGCAUCUUCAAGAAGGAGCAAGCCAUGUGCCUGGAGAGGAUCCAGAGGGCCAACGACCUGAUGGGCCUAAAUGAGUCUUCCCCAGGUUGCCCUGGCAUGUGGGACAAUAUCACAUGUUGGAAGCCUGCUCAAAUAGGUGAGAUGGUCCUUGUGAGCUGCCCUGAGGUCUUCCGGAUCUUCAACCCGGACCAAGUCUGGAUGACAGAAACCAUAGGGGAUUCUGGCUUUGCUGAUAGUAAUUCCUUGGAGAUCACAGACAUGGGGGUCGUGGGCCGGAACUGCACUGAGGAUGGCUGGUCGGAGCCCUUCCCCCAUUACUUCGAUGCUUGUGGGUUUGAUGACUAUGAGCCCGAGUCUGGGGAUCAGGAUUAUUACUACCUGUCGGUGAAGGCCCUCUACACAGUCGGCUACAGCACCUCCCUCGUCACCCUCACCACUGCCAUGGUCAUCUUGUGCCGCUUCCGGAAGCUGCACUGUACCCGUAACUUCAUCCACAUGAACCUGUUUGUAUCCUUCAUGCUGAGAGCUAUCUCUGUCUUCAUCAAAGACUGGAUCUUGUAUGCCGAGCAGGACAGCAGUCAUUGCUUCGUUUCCACCGUGGAAUGCAAAGCUGUCAUGGUUUUCUUUCACUACUGCGUGGUGUCCAACUACUUCUGGCUGUUCAUUGAAGGCCUAUACCUCUUUACACUGCUGGUGGAGACCUUCUUCCCUGAGAGGAGAUAUUUCUACUGGUAUACCAUCAUUGGCUGGGGGACACCUACUGUGUGUGUAACUGUGUGGGCUGUGCUGAGGCUCUACUUUGAUGAUGCGGGAUGCUGGGAUAUGAAUGACAGCACAGCUCUGUGGUGGGUGAUCAAAGGCCCUGUAGUUGGCUCUAUAAUGGUUAACUUUGUGCUUUUCAUCGGCAUCAUCAUCAUCCUUGUGCAGAAGCUGCAGUCCCCAGACAUGGGAGGCAAUGAGUCGAGCAUCUACUUAACAAAUUUAAGACUGAGAGUCCCCAAGAAAGCCCGAGAGGACCCCCUGCCUGUGCCCUCAGACCAGCAUUCACCCCCUUUCCUCUGCGUGCAGAAAUGCUACUGCAAGCCACAGCGGGCUCAGCAGCACUCUUGCAAGAUGUCAGAACUAUCCACCAUUACUCUACGGCUGGCCCGCUCCACCCUGCUGCUCAUCCCACUCUUUGGAAUCCACUACACAGUAUUUGCCUUCUCUCCAGAGAACGUCAGCAAGAGGGAAAGACUUGUGUUUGAGCUUGGGCUGGGCUCCUUCCAGGGCUUUGUGGUGGCUGUACUCUACUGCUUCCUGAAUGGGGAGGUACAGGCAGAGAUUAAGAGGAAAUGGAGGAGCUGGAAGGUGAACCGUUACUUCACUAUGGACUUCAAGCACCGGCAUCCAUCCCUGGCCAGCAGUGGAGUGAACGGGGGCACCCAGCUGUCCAUCCUGAGCAAGAGCAGCUCCCAGCUCCGCAUGUCCAGCCUCCCGGCCGACAACUUGGCCACCUGAGCCCUGUCUCCCUUCUUCUUCUGCACAGGCUGGGGCUGCGGGCCAGUGCCUGCGCAUGUUUGUGCCUCUCCCCUCUCCUUGGGCAGGCCCUGGGUAGGAAGCUGGGCUCCUCCUCAAAGGGGAAGAGAGAGAUAGGGUAUAGGCUGAUAUUGCCCCUCCUGUUUGGGUCCCAUCUACUGUGGUCCACUGAGCCCAAUUUGAUAUGUAAAUACACCUCAAAUUUGGAAAGUUGCCCCAUCUCUCCCCCCCAACCCAUGCCCCUGCUCACCUCUGCCAGGUCCCAGCUUGACCUACUGGGUCAAGGCCAGCCUCGGUGAUGGCCUGAUCCCAGGUACAAGGCCUUGUGAACUGAGUUUGAAACAUGCCUGCUUUGGAGAGACUGGGGCAGUGAACACCCCAGCAGCCUUUCAGCAAAUUGGCUUUGGACAUGGACCCUUCUCAGCCUGUACCAAGUACUGCAGCUCAGUGUCAUGAGCAUCCUUUGGAGCAGGUCAACCUGAGGCUCCUUUGGCUUACAUCUAAGUUGUCCAGGUGCUCAGCUCCUGUGUGCCUGGAUGAUGAGAGGGCUCUAGGGCUCUUUCAGUCAGAGACUUACAUUGAGGUGGGGUGAGGGUCAGAGAAAGUUCUGGUGCUUUUCCUGUGCUCUAAGAGCUGAGAGCCAGAAAUGCAGAUUCAAUUUGGAAGGAGAUGGGAUAGCUGAAGAACUUACCACGUCCAUGACUGUGCCCUGACUCAAGACCGUAUCAUGUGGUGGCUUUAUUUCUACACUUCUUGCCCACCAUGGAUGGCCUGAAGAAGCUGUUCUCCAGCCACAACAACCACAGAAAGCCCCUCGCUCUCCCCUCUCUGUUUUCCCAUUAAUCAAAGCCAUGUCUAGAAUGGGCCAGCCACCUUGCAGUAAAAUCAAUGAGUUCUGAAGCAACCUUCAAUUUUCAUAAGCCAAGUCUUGGGUCCAGGGAACUCCACAGUGCUCCCACCCCCACCCCCUCUACUGAUUACAAGGAAUCCUACAUGCCAUCUUCAGCCUGGACUCAAUUACUAAACUCGGAUUUGUCUGCAAGACUUUCUCCACGUGCCCUUGACAUUGGAAUCACUUGUGGGGCCUCCUAGGGUGUUUGGAGGUGAUAUGGUGUCUAUCAUGUGCAUAGGCAGAAGCUGCUGGUAGAGGGAGUGGUGGCUUUCUAGUGCCCAUCUUGGCUCUCCAGCUGCAAGUUGCACAGCCAUAACCUAAGACUUUAAAAUAAGGCCACACCCAGAUUUGGGAAGGUAGAGGGGGAAAAAAAGUAGUGCCAUGGGGCCACGGGGCCCAGCUUAUUCCGUGUAGAUGCUUGUUUUUGUCCCUGCCUCCGAGGAACUUGUUCAUGAUUGUGCUCUGAACUGCAUGGGGAGUGUGGGGUGCUGCCUUGCUCGCUGUUAUAUUAAGUAGAAGGAGUUUUAGGAUAUUCGAGACAGUGCUUCUGGAGGAGCCAUUGGAAAGACUGGAGAAGAUUCUAAUGGAUAGGAUUUAGAGAUGUGUUCUGUGUUCUUGACCAGUGAAGUAUGCUCUUGGGUCUUUGGCAAAGCUGGAAAGAGAAAGGGCCUCCUUGUUCUUUCCCAGAAACAUUCAGUGGCUUGGACCAACCCCUGAGUAUAUACAUUGGCUCUUUCCCCCCUGUACCUUAUCUCUCCCCUCCAUCCCCUCCCCUGUUCUGAGAACCAGGUUAUCAGCCAAACAAGAAUCAGUUGAUCCCCUUGCACUUUGGACACUUCAAUGGAGCCUGAGCUGCUUAGAAGCCUUGGUUCAGGAUUCCAGCUGGGUUCAUGACUGUGAACACAAUGUGCCCUGUGCUGGGCCACAGCUUCCUUGUUUAUGAAGUGAGGUGGUUUCUAGUGCUUUUCCAGGUUCUGCCUUAGUUAAAAACUAAGGCAGGUAAACAGAGAUGAAUCCUUGUGAAAAGCAUCUAAGGGGUGUGUGUGUGUGUGUGUGUGUGUGUGUGUGUGUGUGUGUGUGUGCGUGCAUGUGUGUAUUAAGAGGGAUGACAUCCUGUUUAUUUUCCCAUUUGGAUGCCACAUGGUAUCCAAAGCUGGUAGAGCAGCUAUCAUGCCUCAGGCCAUGGACAUUUGAAUGGGAGCCUCAGGCAUGAUGUGCAGAAAUAGCCUUCUACACCAGGCAGGGACAGGUUGCCUGUGGCCCCCUCAAUCUGAGGUGCACCCCUUGGGCUAUGGACCCCAUUCCCUUGCCAUCACCCCCGCCAGUGGGUCUGCUUCACUGUGGAAGGAGAAACUGUGACUUUCUGGUUGCAUUACUGCAAAACAGCAAAAACCGAAUAACCCGAGCCCUGCUGCUUUCUGAGCCCUGGGCCUGUGUCCUCCUAGAACUUCCAGGUUCCCGUUGCUUUGUUUUUCUGUCUGAAGGAAUCUUUUUCUUAGUCUUGUGAGCAGAUGUACCUGAAGGAUUCUGCUGUUCCAUGAGGGUCUGGCUCUCAGGCUGUAGGCAGUGAUGGGGCAGCACAAGGCUGGAUAAAUCCCUUCCCUAUUGACCUUCUUACAUAGUGCAAGCAAUAAGACUUAUUGAUCUGUGUGUAUCCCAGUGUUCCUCUGGGGUUCUGUCUAAACACCAACCAUCUUCUCUUGGAAUGGGCCCCAGGCAAGGCUUGCAGCAAUAUAGCCUGGACCCAGAAAAGGGAAAACGAUAAGGAAAUUCUGUCUGGUAGGUGCAAAGGGCUUCAUGGAUUUGGAAACCUGGAGGCAGGAACAUAGCAGAUUUAAGGGGUACCCAGCUGUGGAAGGUCAUUCCUGAGAAGUGGGGGCUUGUUUUAUGAAACCUUAAAGGCCAAACGGACUGUCCCAUUUUGGGGAUCAGGACAUCCCUGUCCUUAUCUCCUGUCAUAGCUGUCCAACUGCAGGGUAAGGAGCAAGUUGUGAGGAAAGGUCCUCAGAACAUGGGAUUCCACAUGAGGAAUCCUUAGGCUGCCAGGAAGCCAGAGGGGUUUAGAGGUGCUCAGCUUUGAGCCCCAGUAUGCACUAUGCUUAAGCUCUGACGACUCUUGCGUGCAGCGAGGAGGUCCUCCCUGACAUGCUCAGCAUCCCGCAGUGAUUCCUCUCAUAGCUCUGGGAUGGGGCUUGGUUAGGGUGUCGUGAUGGAAAUAAACCUGAACCUGUUGCCCAGUACCAGGGCCUCUGCUGUUUGGUCUUCACUCUCUCUUCCUUGGAGGGAAAGCUACAAGAGACUCUCUUUUUAAUUCCUUGAGUACCCUUUGCCCCACUUCCAAGAGAGGACAGCAAGUCCCCUGACACUGCAAAUUUCAUUUGAGCCUAGGGAGCUGGGAAAACAGUUGGGCCUAGUCUGUUUUUGAAUUGCAUUGCAUUGAGUUGUACCGGUAUUGCACAGCCCUGCGUGUGAGCCAGAUGUAACACUCCAAGCAGCUGUGAAAUGCAAUGUUCCUUUUGCAGGAGUGGCUGUACCUGCAGAAAGCCCAGGGGUCCACAGUACAGUGCAGGAGAAGCAGCUGAGUUGGCCUGGUCUAAGGAUACCCCCUAGCAAACUUGGCCCUCUCCAUCUGUUCUGGGACUCUAUACUUCCCUAACCUGGAUCCCUGCUCUGCAAUGAGGUGGCCGUGGUUACACCAUCAUCUACCCUCUAGCUAGGGAUGAGGUGGAGGUAAAAUGCUCCCUGUGAGUUUGCAAGCUCUGAAAACAACACCGCUGUGUGCUCAUUCUUAGAGUGAAGACCCUGAAAGGUAUCCCUUUGCAGCCUGUCUCCUGUUUUGAGCCCUUUAGGGGUAACUCAUUUGUAAAACCACCAGCCUGAGCUCAAGGAUGAGGCCACAGGGCUCUGGUGGACUUCAAAUCCCAGCUUUACCGUCAUCACUGUUCAGUUUUCUUCGAAGGUACGGAUGAGGAGAAAUCUUCUAUGAGCAACUCCGUGCUGUCUGCCUAGGAAUCCUUCAGUGGUAUGGGACACUCCUCAAGUGAGCCAAAUGCCCGUUCUUUCUCCCUUCCUUGAACUCCAGGUCCUGUGCUGUGUCUGUACUCAGCCAUGUGUGUUUUGUCUGCUGUCUGUCUUCUGAGGCUUAGCAUCUGUCAGGGCUGGGGUUGGUUCAGCCCUUGGUACUCCAGAUGUGGUUCCAGGCUCCCUUGUGGGAGCUGGACCGGUCUGGGUUUAAUCUCCCACAAUAAAGAUAAACCCCACGGACCUCACUGCUACUGCUGCCUCCAUUAACGCUGUGCUCACACAUUGUCUGGGAUUUUAAGGAUGUCAAACUGCUGUAGAUGACUCAAUAAAUGUCUUAUCGUUUUUC